AGGAGUCUCAACAUAUACACAUCUUUAUGAAGAAAAUGCAUGUCAGAAAUGAUUUUUGGAAUUAGCUACGAAAAAAAUAUCCAUCCCAGCUCAACAGAGAUACUUCUCAGAAGCCGAUCUUUUGGCCUGAGAUGGUGAAGAAAGGAAACGGCUGGUUUUCUUCGGUGAAGAAAGUUUUUAGGCCUUCUUCCAAGGACUUGCCAGAGAAAAAAGACAAUGUGGAGAAACGACAGCAGCAAGACGCUGCAGAAGUCGUGUCGUUCGAACAUUUUCCCACAGAGAGUUCUCCGGACGUGACAAACAAUGAGAGCGCUUCAUCAACUCCAGUGACAGAAGACCGAAACCAUGCCAUUGCCGUUGCAGUGGCAACCGCUGCAGCUGCAGAAGCUGCUGUCGCAGCAGCACAAGCAGCAGCGAAAGUUAUUCGUCUAGCUGGUUAUGGACGCCAAUCUAGGGAAGAAAAGGCUGCAACACUCAUACAAUCAUAUUACAGAGGCUAUCUAGCUAGGCGUGCUUUGCGCGCAUUGAAAGGAUUGGUGAGGCUGCAGGCUUUGGUUAGAGGGCACAACGUUAGAAAGCAAGCGCAAAUGACAAUGCGGUGCAUGCAAGCAUUGGUGCGGGUGCAGGCAAGAGUGCGGGCACGCAGGCUGCAACUGGCACACGAGCGGCUGCAGAACAAGGAUCGGGAUGAAGAAGGACUGGGGCUUGAAGCGCAAAAGCUGAAGAGCCCCUUGAAGAAGCCCGAGACGGUGAAGGUGAGGGAUGGUCAUGGUAGGCAUCAGAGGCACCAAAGUGCAGAGAAAAUCAAAGACACUUUGUCCGGAAGACAUGUGGAAAGAGCGCUUGCGUAUGCUUUUGCUUAUCAGCAACAGCAACAACAGCACCAACAACUUCUACAAACGAUCACGGACGGAGGUAGCGACUUCGGGUUUCAAACGAACCCGCAGGAGAAGGCCCAAUGGGGCUGGAACUGGCUCGAGCGGUGGAUGUCAGCCCAACCCUACCACGGCAACGGACGCGUCUCGGACCCACUCGACACUUCUUACGUCACUCUCGCCACCACCAGCAACCACGACGGCGACUUCGCCGACGACGCCGCAUCGGAGAAGACCGUCGAGAUGGACAUCGUGGCGGGCUCCACCAACAUCAAUUUGGGCCUGCUCGACUCUCGGCAGCGUAUAGGAAGCCCAAACAAUGUCCCCAGCUACAUGGCCCCGACCCAGUCCGCUAAGGCCAAGGCCCGAAGCCCAGGCAAUCAUCUACUGAAGCAGCAGAGAAGCCCAUCUACGCCCCAAUGGAACCCACCCACCAGGAACUGGAAAGGAGUUUCUGUUAUUGGGUCGGGCUUUGAUUCGUCGAGUUCGGGUGGGGGAACGGCGACGUACCAGUUGCCGAGAAGCCCAGGCCCAAAAAAUAGUGGGAUGCGGAGAUCCGUGGGCUAUAGCCCAGAUUCCCAUGGUGUUGGUGGUGGUGAAGAUUGGUCCUUGCCUUUAAGCGUCCACGGUUGGAGAGAGGACUUUGAUUAAUUAUGUU